UUUAUAAAUUAUUUCGAUUUUGUAAAAAUAUUAAUGGACUUAGAUAUAGCCAUAGAUGCAAGAGAAAAAGUACGCAAUCCAACAGUCAAAUUGAACAAGAAAUUAGCUAUUGCUAUUGCAGUAACUAAAUUAAAUUAUAAAAGGCACUUACUAAAUCCGAAAAGAAGCCAUUUGAAGAAUUAGUAACAUAAGAACCUACAAAUAAAUUAAUAGCAGUUCAUUUUGGAGUUGGAGAUUAAGAUGAUUAUAAUACAAUUUGCACUUAUGUUAAAUAAUUUGGGUAAAACAAAGUAAUGAUAUACCCUGUAAGAAAUUAUGCGUUCAUUGAAUUUUAAACACCAUAAUAAAGUUUACAAUUAAUCUAAGUAAUAUUUAUUUGCCAUUUAGUCUUUAUAAAUUUUUGAGAAUAUCAAAUACGCAAGUCUGAAGUAUCCAAAUAAGGAAAGAGCAACAAUGUUUUUUUAUACAAAUCAAUAAGAAUUAAGUGGAGGAGGAAUGUGUGAUAUACCAAAUGCAAUGAGAUAAGUUAAUAUUCCAGGGCUAUAUUUGAUCCAUGAUUUCAUAACACCAGAAUAUGAAAAAUAUAUUUUGGAUUUAAUUGAUAAAUAAGAAUGGUCUAAAUUGAAAUAAAGAAGAGUUUAACAUUAUGGUUAUGAAUUUAUUUAUGGAGAAAAUACAGUUAAUGUAAAUUAACCAGCGGAUAAAAAUAUUCCUGCCUUUCUUGAAGAUGUCAGAUCUAAAGUGUCUGAUUUAAUAAAACCAUAACCUGAAAUUAAUUAACUUACAAUAAAUGAAUAUUUACCAGGGAUGGGUAUUCCACCUCAUUUUGAUGUUCAUCCACCCUUUCAUGAGAAAUUCGUUUCUAUCAGUUUACUAAGUGGUUUAGUAAUGUCAUUUAAAUCAUUUAAAGGAGAAGAAUAACAUUUAUAUUUACCUCCUAGAUCUUGUGCAUUAUUUACAGGAGAAGUCAGAUAUGCUUGGUUUCAUGCUAUUGCAUCAAGAAAAAUUGAUAAAGUUGAAGGUGAAACACAUUUUAGAUCUAGAAGAUUAAGUUUAACUUUUAGAACUAUUAGAAAUGAUUUAAAAUGUGAUUGCGAAUAUUAAUUCUUUUGUGAAUCUCAAGGUUAUAAUCCAUUAACUAUGAAAAAUAAAAACCCAUUGCUGUAAGAAUAUCUCGCUAAAUUGAAUUAAAUUGGAAUUAUCUAAGAUAAUAAAGUAGUUCCUAAUAAAACUCAAGAAGAAAUCUUAUUGCUUGAAGAAUAAUAAUAAUAAUUAUAAUAGAUACCUAAAGCUACUGAAGUUGAAAAGAAAUAUGUAUAUGAAAUUUAUGAUAAAAUUGCACCUCAUUUUAGUUCAACUCGUUAUAAACCAUGGCCUAAGAUAGAAUAAUUUUUAAAAUCAUUAGAACCUGGUUCUCUUGUAGCUGAUGUUGGAUGUGGGAAUGGAAAAUAUUUAGGCUCAAAUCCAGAUAUUGAAAUAAUAGGUACAGAUAGAAGUGAAAAUUUAUUAAAAAUUUGUAAAGAGAAAUCUGAUGCUUUUUAAGUAUUUAGUGCAGAUUCUUUGAGAUUACCAUUAAAAACAGAAAUGUUUGAUGCAGUCAUUUCAAUUGCAGUCAUUCAUCAUUUCUCAAAUAAGUAAUUUAUUUUAUUUAAAAUUUCAGACUUCUCAGAUAGUAAGCAAUAAGAGAGUUGUUAAGAAUUUGUAAAUCUAAAGGUUUAGUAUUGAUAUAUGUUUGGGCUAUGGAACAAGAGGAGAAGACAUUUAAUGAAUAGGAUGUUUUUGUACCUUGGAAUUUAUAAUUUAAAUAUGAGGAUGAAAAAGUAAUUAAUUAAGAAGGUACUUCAUUCAUUUCUUAUUUAAAGUACAAUAAUAAUUUAAAAUUGAUGAUCAAAAAAAAACAGUUGUGUAUAAGCGAUAUUAUCAUGUUUUUAAAUAAGGUGAGAUUGAAGAACUAUUAUCUGAUAUGCCAGGUUUUAAGAUAGUAAACAAUUAUUAUGACCAUGCUAAUUGGGUAGUUGUGUUAUAAAAAGAUUGAAGUAUAC